AAAGCAACCAAAAUAACGCGACGUCUUCAAUUACAAGCCGAUAAAAAAUCACAAAACCGCAUGAUUUUCAACGAAAUUCGUAAUUAAAACCAAAAAAUCAGACUUUUUAUUACCAAGAAUGUGCUAAAAAUUCAUCAAAGUGAUAAAAAAUUUGAAAUUCAAAAGCAAACACAGCAACAAAACGACAAAUUGUCACUAAAAAACCCCAAAAUACGUAAAAAGAUUUAAAAAAUCCUCUGAAAAAAUGCUUCGCCAAGUAUUUCAACGAGCUUUGGCUCAACCAGGAAGAGUUUUGACCGCCAAUUCGAGCGUUUUUGGCGUCAACCAGCAACGCGGCAUCACAAAAAGCCCCGAGAAGAACGAGAUGGCUGUCGAUUACUUGACUUUCAGGGAACAAGUCUCGCCGAUGGUCAAAGACAAAAAGUACAACAUGAAAAAGGCGCAACGCGCCAUGACAACUCACAUCAACUACAGCGUUCCGCAUGCCAUAAACACAACUGUUGUUCCCAAAGAAGAUUUGAUGGCGUUCGAUACCGUUUGGCCCGAUAUCGUGCGCGAUUUGGAUGCUUUCGUGAAGAAAAACGACAUAAAUAUGCUCGCGCAGAACUGGAUAACGCGCGCUUUGCAAUACAACGUGCCACGGGGCAAGAAAAAUCGCGGUCUCGCAACGUUGGUUGCCUACAAAAUGCUGAGCACGGACUACAGCGAGGAGCAAAUUCGACUUGCGCAUGUCUUGGGAUGGUGUGUUGAGAUGCUCCAAGCGGUAUUUUUGAUCCAAGAUGACAUCAUGGAUGGCAGUCCGAUGCGUCGCGGGCAACCUUCGUGGCACACAGUUCAAGAUGUCGGUCUCACAGCAAUUAAUGACAGCACAAUGAUCGAAGCCGGCAUCUUUCACAUCUUGGAAAAACAUUUCGCCGACAAGCCCUACUAUCAGUACAUCGUGAAAUUAUUCCAUGACGUCAUUUUUAUCACCACAAUUGGGCAAUCUUUGGACAUUCAAACGUCGAAACAGAACGUUUUGGAUUUCACGAUGGAAAAAUACAAAGCGAUCGUUCGCAAUAAGACUUCGUACUACACUUUUUACUUGCCAGUUGCUUUGGCAAUGACAAUGACAGGAUGGAAUGAUCCCGAAGUUUUCCGUCAAAGUCGUACUAUUUUGCUCGAAAUUGGUCAAUUUUUCCAGAUUCAAGAUGAUUUCUUGGAUGUUUAUGGCGAUCCGAGUGUCACUGGCAAGGUUGGCACUGAUAUUCAGGACAAUAAAUGCUCAUGGCUUGCAGUUGUAUGCAAUCAGAGAGCAUCUCCGCAACAAAAAGAUAUUCUCAAGGAGUGUUACGGAUCAAGUAACCCAGAAAAAGUCGAAACAGUCAAAAAAUUGUACAACGAGCUCGGCCUCCCCACUGUCUACACAAUUUACGAAGAGGACUCAUACCAAAUUAUCUCGACACACAUCCAACAAACCUCACGCGGACUCCCGCACGACAUUUUCCUCAAAAUUAUGGAAAAAAUCUACCGACGUGAGAGUUAAACACGUCAAUGAAAAAAAACGCAUUCUCUCAAAAAAAAAAAAAAAAAAAAAAAAAAUAAUUAAUAUUUACAUAAAUAUCCGUAAAAAGCAUUUAUUUAUGAUGAAAAAAAUACAAAAAAUUAACGAAUGGUAAAAAAAAAAAUUGAACUCAGGUCGAUAAAAUAGAUUUUUUUUGACUUGAAGGUCUCUGAUUGGAAAAAU